UCGUUAAUCUCGUACGUGGCGUGCGUCUGAUGUGCAUUCCGGCCGCGCCAUCUCCGUACGCUGCUAAUUGUUUGCAGCAGUUUUUCAAAAAUCUCAAAUACGCGUCCUUGGAUUCGAAAUUAACGCAAAUGCUUGCAUAUGGAGACGCUUGUCUCGUGACGCUCUGCGCGAACGCCUCUGCCGAGGCAGAGUUUCCUCAACCAGAAGAAAAGUUUAUCAUUUUGCAAUGAGCCGCCGUCCCGUUAUGCCAGGCCAUCGUCAUAAUAAGGAAUGCUGGAUAGCAGCCAGGGACGGCGAAGUACCACCUGGUGCUUUUAUAGGUGGUGAAGAUAAUGGGGAACCGAUGUACGUGAUAAGGGCGUACUACGAGGGCUCUCUUUUACCGGGAAAAUUGCUGGAAAGUCAGGAACAGGGUUACGUUCCUUGGGCCGGAUCAGAUAAUGCGGUAUUUGAAUACGAGGUACUCUGCGACUUUCACGGUUCAUGGCAUCCUUGUUCUGGCGACAACAUUCCCCCUAAUGCAGUCCCAGCUGGUACUUCUGGCGAUGGGGAGAUCCUGUACGUCGGUAGGGUUGUUCACGAUGGUACCCUGACGGUUGGUAAAGUGCAACCGAGCCUAGGUUUUUUGUACAUCCCUUUUUAUGGAGAAGAACUUUCCUUCUCUAUAUUUGAGAUACUGUGUUAUUGAGGUUCGAUUAAGCAGGGCUUGACGGUUCCCACGGAUCGUAGACUAAAAACUACAAUAGGUGAAAUAUUGUAAACUAUGAUCCUCUAAUCUGACAAUCUCUGUAGUAUUAUUUAGGAUUAAGCUAGACUUUGACCUUGUAGCACUAAAAACGGAAUUAAACAUUUGUA